GGAGUGAUUCAGCGGCAGCUUGCACAGAAUUUUUUGUGCCGACUUUGUUGAAUGUGCAAUUAUUUUCGUCCAACCUCCUCCAACGUCGGCCGUCCACCACUAGGAAAGCUGCUGGUGUAAUCUCGCGACCGGAUUUCAAGGGUCGUUUCAUCAGGAUAUCCGGAAAAUCCAAGAGGUCGGCAUUUCUAAACGAUAUGGCUGAAUCCAAACUAGAAGACCAGCUCGCUAACCAAGCUCGGAUAAGUGGGGACGGUGCACCCUCAGACGAAGACGACGAUAUUGUGGAUCCUUGGAAUGUUGCGGGCAAGGCAGACACUGGAAUUGAUUACGAUAAGCUUAUAAAGAGAUUUGGCUGUGAACGGAUAUCGCCCGAGUUGAUUGCUCGGUUGGAGAAAGUGACGGGACAAACGGCACAUCCACUUUUGCGGCGAGGAAUGUUUUUCAGUCAUCGCGACCUCCUUCACAUUAUUACUCGAAAAGAACAGAACAAGCCGUUCUAUUUGUACACUGGAAGGGGACCUUCGUCGAGGGCCAUGCAUGUUGGACACAUGGUGCCUUUCAUGUUCACCAAAUGGCUUCAAGAUGCUUUUGAUGUUCCCCUCGUCAUUCAGUUGACGGACGAUGAAAAGUUUUUAUGGAAAAAUAUUUCGAUAGAGGAAAGCAUGAUGUUGGCUAGAGAAAAUGCGAAGGAUAUCAUCUCGGUGGGAUUUGACAUGGAGAAAACAUUUAUUUUCUCAGAUUUUAGUUAUAUUGGCCAGUGUCCACAGUUUUACCAGAACAUUGCUCUCGUCUCCAGAAGUGUUACAUUUAACCAAGCCCGAGGUUGUUUUGGAUUUGGAGACAGCGAUUGUAUUGGGAAAAUUCACUUUCCAUCCAUCCAAGCUGCCCCAUGUCUUGCUACAAGUUUUCCACACAUCUUCAAAAAUAGAAAGGACAUUCCGUGUCUAAUUCCUUGUGCGAUUGACCAGGACCCAUAUUUCCGUAUGACGCGAGAUGUGGCCCCUCGACUUGGAUAUCUCAAACCAGCACUCAUGCACUCCACAUUUUUUCCUGCCCUACAAGGUGCCCAAUCCAAAAUGUCUGCGUCGGAUGAAAAUUCUGCAAUAUUUGUGACGGACACGGCUGCUCAAAUUAAAAAGAAGAUUAAUAAAUUCGCCUUUUCUGGGGGCAAAGCAUCUGUCGAGGAACACCGAGAAUUUGGUGGAAAUUGUGAUAUAGACGUUUCCUAUCAGUAUUUGAGAUUCUUUUGCCCAGAUGAUGAUAAAUUGGAAGAAAUUCGUCAGAAUUAUACAUCUGGGAAAAUGCUCACUGGAGAAUUGAAAGCUAUUUUGAUAGCUGAACUACAAAAAAUGGUUGCUGAUCUCCAACUACGAAGGGCAAAAAUAACGGAACAAGAAGUUGAUGAGUUUAUGCGUCCACGUCCUUUAAAAUUUAACUAUUAAUUAAUUUAGAUAAUUAAGUUGCACCUUCCUUUCUGCACAACACUUUGUUUAAAACUUGUACAUAUUUAUGUGAUUUUCUGUUUGGUUGGGUAAUCCUGCGUUGCGUACAACUGUAAACGAUUAUGGUCAUAAAAUAAGAAUGAAUAUGCGAAAGCUUGAA